AUGAACACCUCUGCACAAAAAGAUGAACAGCCUGGCCAAAAACAUUCCAGAAUUGUCAACAAAGUCCAGAAAGGUUUUACUGCUGCAUAUCCAACACAAUCCUCCAUUCCUUUUAAAUAUAAGCCUUCAGUAGUUCAAGAAUCAGAAAAAAAAGGAUUUAAUAGCCAAGCCAAGAGAUUUUAUCUUAAGACGGACGAUCUCCCAGGACCUGGGUUCUACAAUGUCACCCACCAAUCUCCAGUGUCCAACAGUGUCUCGCUAUCUAAGAAAGGAACGUGCACUUUUCCCUCUAUGAGUGCCCGACUGGACACCAUAAUUUCUAAGUAUCCCGCAGCCAACGCGUACACUAUCCCGUCAUGUUUUGUUUCGAAGAAAGACUUCAGUAAUUCCUGUUCCCGCAUGUUCCAGUUGCCAAGCUUUGCGAAAGUUCUCAAAUCUGAAACUCCUGCACCAAACCAUUACAAUGCCUCCAUCUGGAGCUGCAAGCAGAAAAACAACGUCAGCGCCCGAGCCGGGUUCAUGUCCAAAACCCAGAGAGGAUUUUUCACUGUCACUGAAAGAGGACCUGCCCCAGGGCAUUAUAAUAUCAAUGAAUCCCUUGUGAAACCGUCGCCAAAGAUGUUAAUGUCCUGUUUUAAAUCAAAAACUGGCCGUGGAUUCCAAGUGACAUCAAUAGGCCCGGGACCCGGUUAUUACAACCCAAAUGAUUGCAUCAAAAUUCCAACAAAGACUCUUAUCCCGAGAAACCCCACCCUGAACUUCUCUGCCUCUCCUUUGCCUCUGCCCCCGAAGCCGCCUCUCCCAGGCCCUGGUCAGUACGAGAUCGUGGACUACACGGGGCCCCCCAAGCAGUUCAUCUCCAGCGCAUCGUUUGUGUCCAACACCAGCCGGUGGACCGCAGCGCCGACCCAGCCAGGCCUGCCUGGCCCAGCCACGUACAAGCCGGAAUUCCCUGGCAAGCAGUCCUUUCUCUACAACGAAGACAACAAGUGGAUCCCCGUGCUGUAG